AUGACGGUUGCGCACGGCCAACGAAGGUGUCUUCAUGCCGAAUCGAAUCUUCAUGAAUCGAAUCCAUCGGAAUCUCUCGAGCGACUGCCUUCGGAUCCCGCAGAUGCCAACGCGCUGGCUUUGGCGAAGCUGCCUCUACAAUGCCAUGGUUGCGGCGCCUUCACUCAGACCACGGAGCCUGACCAGGCUGGCUACUACGACUUGAACCGCAAAUCUGUGCAAAAGUUUGCGGCUUCCGAACACGAGUACGAGAUAAAGAAGGGGGAGAUCGAGGAAGACUUUGUUGUGACCAAGGCUUUGGAGGGAUUGGACGAACACAAGCUUCAAGAGCUUGACCUAGACCCUAGGACUCUGCUCGCCGGAGAGGACCUCGAGACUGAUAUUCCCUCUUUCCCCCCCGCGCCGAAUGCAACGCCGCUGUGCAACCGCUGCCAUGCGCUCGUGCACCACCGCAAGGGCACGCCCAUCUUCCACCCGAGCGUCGACGCCCUCCGCGAAACGAUCGAAGAGUCGCCCUUCAAGAACAACCACAUUUACCAUGUCAUCGACGCCGCGGAUUUCCCCAUGUCGCUCGUGCCGAAAUUGCACCAGCUUCUGGGCGACGUCAGCCUCAGGCGGCGCAACCGCAGGUCGCGUGCCGGACGCUACUACAAGGACCGCAAGUUUGACAUGAGCUUCAUCAUCACGCGCUCCGAUCUUCUGGCGCCGACGGAGAAGCAGGUCAACGCCCUGAUGCCGUAUCUGCGCGAGGUGCUGCGGAGCGCCUUGGGGGAGUUUGGCGACGUUGUCAGGCUGGGCAACCUCAAAUGCGUCAGCGCGAGGCGGAGCUGGUGGACGAAGGACCUCAAGCAGGAGAUUUACAAGCGCGGCGGCGCUGGGUGGAUGGUCGGCAAGGCCAACGUCGGCAAGAGCCAGCUCUUCCAGGCCGUGUUCCCCAAGGGCACGACGGCCGACAUACCGUUCAAGAACGCCGUCGAGGUGUCCAUGUUUUCGCGGGAGGAGGAGGACGAGAACCUCAAGUACCUCGACGAUGGGGCGGAGAACUACGACGAGCGUCUCGACCUCGACGCCCUGCUGCCGCCGGCGCGCCCCGAGAGCAACUACCCGGAGAUGCCCACCGUGUCGUCUCUGCCUGGCACGACAGCCUCCCCGAUCCGCAUCCCCUACGGCAACGGCAAGGGCGAGCUCAUCGACCUGCCGGGCCUCGUGCGGAGCGACCUCGAGCUCUUUGUCCAGGAGGACAAGCGCCAGGCCCUGGUCAUGCAGGACAGGCUCAAGCCCGAGCAGCACUCGAUCAAGCCGGGCCAGUCGCUGCUGCUCGGCGGCCUCAUCCGCAUCACGCCGCGGACGCCGGACCUCAUCUUCCUCGGCUACAACUUCACGCCGCUGCCCGAGCACCUGACGUCGACCGACAAGGCCGUCGCCUUCCAGGCGCAGACGAGGACCGCCGCGCAGGUCGACAACAUCUGCACCCCCGACGCGGCCGACAAGAUGCAGCUCGCGGGCUCCUUCCCGCUCCGCCACGACGUGACCAAGCUCCGCGCGGGGCCCAUCACGCGCAAAGACGCCAUCAACAUCAAGGUCGAGAACCUGCCGUACCGCGUUCUGUCGACCGACAUUCUCAUCGAGGGCGUCGGCUGGGUGGAGAUGACGGCCCAGGUCCGCGCGAGGCAGCUCUUCGCCAAGCCCGAGGCCAAGGUGGCGGCGGAGCCCGUCGUCGACGACACGCCCGAGGACAAGCCGCAGGAUCCCUUUGACGCCAUCCUGUCGCGUGUGCACGGCGCCGAGAAGGAGAAGCCCAAGGCGCCGCCGGCCGCCGACAAGAAGACGAACAGCAAGGCCGGCGGACUCGACGAGCCCGUCGAGCUCAACUGGCCCGUGGUCGACGUGUACAGCCCGCUCGGCAAGUUCGUCGGCGUGCGACCCCCGAUGAACGGCUACAUGCUCAACAAGCCGCGCGUGCUGGCGAAGCACAAGAAGGCGCGGCCGCGCAGGAGCAUGAAGGGCGCCAAGAAGAGGGACAAGAUGGCGCGCAGACAUGCCGCUGCUGCGUCCGCUUCCGCUUCGACGUCGGCUUGA